AUGGACAGCGACAUGAGUCAAAAUGGCGAGUCAAAGAUGACUUUCCAAAACAAGGAGAGCACUCAAAAUGGUCUCACUACAGUCCCAACAUCUGUGACACUGUCAUCCGAACAAUUUGAAAGGCUUUAUUUGACUCCCAUGACGGUUCGCCAAUCACCACUGGCGAAGAAGGUUGGAAAUCCAACACCAUUAGCACUGGGAGGAGCCAGUGGAAAUGGCGUUGCUUUCAUUGGACCUAUCGUCUUCCUUGGUGGUCUUUUGUUGCUCAUAACGAGUAUUCUUGAGUUUAUCAUCGGAAAUACAUUUCCCUGUGUUGUGUUUGGCACUAUUGGAGGGUUUUGGUUUGCAUUCGCCGCUACAAUGAUUCCCGCUUUCAAUGCGGCCGCCCCUUAUUCCUCGUCAACCACCGAUACAGCUGCCGGGCUAGCCAGCGAAGGGUUUAUGAAUACAUAUGCGUUUCUAUUUAUAACUAUGGCUGUUCUGAUGUUAAUCUUCAUGAUUUGUGCAACACGCAUCAAUGUGGUAUACACACUUAUUUUCCUCAACUUGCUAUUGGUUUUCCUUCUUCUGUCUGCGGCCUAUUGGCAGCUAGGCCAAGGCAAUGCUGCUAUUGGUGAUCGAUGUGUAAAAGGUGCUGGAGCUUCACUCUUUGUUGCUAGUUUACUCGGCUUCUACCUGUUGAUUGUUCAAUUAUUUGAGUCCAUAGGGUUCCCAUGCUUCUUGCCGGUUGGAGACUUGGCGGCCCUUUGGACUCGGAAUCAAGACAAAGGAGUGCGAGACGACAUUGAACAGCCAACCGUUCGCUAG